AUGAUGCCGGUGCCAGGCAGUGGGAGUGUCACCCUCAACGGACCGGUCUCCGUGACCGGAACCAACACCUUCACGGUGGGCACUGCUGGCAGUGGAGGUGCUACCCGACUGUAUGGAGAUGUUACCGUGGGCGGAGCCAGUGCUGGGCAGGCAGCUGACAUCGACGUGUUUGGUGCCUUCAGACGGUAUGACCACGACAUUGCUCACAACGUCAUUUCAAGCGCCAGUGACGGGGUCACACUCAAGGGCACUUUGUCUUUGGAUGGCGGAACAACAGUGUCCAGUGGCAACAACCUUGCCAUUGCCACCUAUGGCACCAUUGUCUGCGAUGCAAGCACCGGAGGUUACACAGCCGUUUGUAGAGCAACAUAG